AUGUUGGUCCAUGCGAGGAUACCGUAUUCGCCUUGGACCAGCAACCCACACAGAAUCGGCUUCAAGACAUCAGAGAAACAAGAUGGAGAUAACGUCAGGAUUGACAACGGCACAUCUGCAAAGAUAACGUUAAUGAACCGUCUUCUGCAUCCGUCAGGUGUCGCCGACACGUUUCAGAUCGCUUGCAAUUCUAUUGUUCUUCGGCCUAUCUCGAGAACUCGCGAGCGUUUAAUAUGUAUCAUUUACCGAGAUAAGGCUACGCCACUCCUUCGAGGCAAAAACUCAGAACAAUGUCUUGAGGGGAAAACUACACUGGAAGGUACAGCAAUACUCCUCUUAUCUGAAAUUAGCGAGUUCACUAACCCCCCGGCCUAUCCCCAACUGCCUUACCUUUCAACGCUGGGCGCUCCUCAAGGUUGCCUCUUCCAGGUCAAAUCCCCUUCUGUUUCUUUCGUUCAGCUCUGUCAAAGAAUUCGCUGCGCCUUAAAAUAUCCUCCUAUUUGA